AUGAAAAGGGGGAUUUGCCUAGCAGCGCUUCUUUGCCUGUUCAACUAUUUAGGUGCAGGGCACGGAGAAAAUGCAGAAGAAGACAUAAGGAAUAGCGAAGGGAAAGUAAACUUCUUUUCGCUGGAUUCUAAUUUAAAGAAAAAUAAAAAGUCGAAACAUAAUAGGGUGAAAAGAAGGAACGCGAAAAUUUCGAACUUUCUAAGCCAAAAAGCGUAUGUUAAAGAAACAGAUAACGCAAGUGGAAAAGACGCUGAAGGAUCACGUCCGUCUCAUGAUUCAUCGUUUGUUAACUUAAACGGUCAUGUCGAUGGAAAAAGUUUAUCAUACAGCGUUCAUGUAAAAGAAAGUACACCACAUAGUACUACGCGGGAGAGCACGGAAAAGGGAAAAGAAAAUGAGAAAAUACAGGGUGUCCUAAGCUCUUUUGUGCAAAGCCAAGAAGGGGGAGAAUCAGACGAUUUGGAGGGAAUGUACAAUUCUAUAGUUGAUAUGAGCGAGAAACUGAAAGAAAAUGAUAAGUAUAACCUAGUGUUUGACAUGGAGAUUGAUUUUGUUGACUUACAAUUUUUUAAUCUAAUUCUGGAGCUGAUUCCAAAGGACAGUCAAUACCAUACCUACUAUGAGGAAACACUUAAACAGCAAGUUACAGAAUACACAAAUUCGUUGAAAACGUUAAUGGAUUCAUGCAUAUCUGAAAAAGAUCAAAUGAUCAUAUUAGAGUAUGAGAUUAAUUAUGCCAAGAGGAAGUCCAUAGAAACAGAGACGUUGGGUGAUAAGGAAACAAAACUCUCAGCAGUAUCUCAAGCCUAUGCAAAACAUCUAGAAUCGUAUAAGGGAGUAUUAAAGCCCAAAUUAAAUGAUAUAAAAAAUAAUGCCUUUUCAGUUUUGAAGGAUUCCUACUGUAAGGAUAACUGUGGGGAAUAUGUGCAGAAAUAUAAUACAAUGCGCAAGAAUUUUAUAUCAAGUUCAGAUCAGUAUAAAAUGGAAGCAUAUAUGUACAUUCCGAAGAGCAUUAACGAUUAUACAGUGCUAGAUAAAAUUUUAUCAGAAUCUAACGAACUAGGUAUAGACAUUCAAGAAACUGUUAAUUCGCUGAAGCUGUUAGGAGAAGAAAUUAGUGAAGUUUCCCAUUUGUAUGUCAUUAACAGUACGUUAAUUGACGAUGCAGCCAAAAAAUUAGAAUCCAUAAAUGAAGAGGACGAAUCUGCAGAAAUAGAUUUACAAAAAUUUGAAGAUAAUUCCAAAGCGCUAGCAAACAACUACUGCAUUUUUCAAUACAUAAAAACGCUUAACGAACCAAUUAAGAAAGCAUAUGAAAGUAAGGUAAUAAAAUCUAAUGAACUACUGUCUACCAUUAUAGACACGUUAGGAAAAAGUGCUACUGCGCUGCAGGAGUCGACAUUUAAUCAAGAGGAGUGCAAUAAAAUUAAAACCGAAGCGGAAAAAGUAAAAGAUGACGCUGAAGAUAUAUACGAAAAAAAUGAACAGAUAUACUACGAAAUUCCAGAAAGUGAGGACGAAACAAUAGCUGAUAAGAUAAACGAUCUUCAGUACCUUAUAGACCAAAUGAAUGAAUAUAAAGAUGAAAUAGUAAACAAUUCGGAGUUCAUUUCUAAUAGAUAUAAAAAUAUAUACGAAAACUUAAAAGAAACGUAUGAAACGGAAUUAAAUGAUAUAGGACAACUAGAAAACGACACAUCAAAAGUAAAUUUUUAUUUGAUGCAAAUAAGAAAAAUUAACACUGAGAAAACCAAAAUAGAUGAAAAAAAAAUAUAUGAACUGAAGAUAGAGUUUGAAAAAAGCGUCACAGAAAUAAAUCGAUUACAGGAUGGGGAAUCUGCGCGUGAUUUACAUGAAGAACAGAUCAAAGAGAUAUUAGACAAGAUGGCGAAAAAGGUGCAUUAUUUAAAAGAACUUCUCUCCUUAAAAGGGAAAUCAAGUGUGUACUUCACCGAAAUGAAUGAAUUGCUCAACACAGCAUCGUAUGACAAUAUGGAGGGGUUUAGCGCUAAGAAGGAGAAGGCGGACAAUGACAUUAAUGCUCUAUAUAAUUCUGUGUAUAGGGAAGAUAUAAAUGCUCUCAUCGAAGAAGUUGAAAAAUUUGUAACCGAAAAUAAAGAAAGCACUCUGGAGAUGCUAAAAGAUGAAGAAAUGGAAGAGAAGCUACAGGAUGCCAAAGAAACUUUUGCUAAAUUAAAUUUUGUUAGCGAUGACAAGCUGACAGAUGUGUACACCAAAAUGAGUGCAGAAGUGACUAAUGCUGAAGGGAUCAAAAAAGAAAUUGCGCAAAAACAAUUCGAAAAUGUUCAUAAAAAAAUGAAAGAAUUUUCGGAUGCGUUUUCCACAAAAUUUGAAGCGUUGCAAAACAGCAUGCAGCAGUACAAUCAGGAGGGAGACGCGAUAGAAAAGCAUAAGCAAAAUAGAUCCGAAAAGGAGGAGGAAUAUUUUAAAAAUGAAAGCGUAGAAGAAGAUCUAUCCAGGGAAGAAACAGAAGAGCAAGAAUACACUAAACAUAAGAAUAAUUUUUCCAGACGGAAAGGUGAAAUAUCAGCAGAAAUUACCAACAUGAGGGAAGUCAUAAAUAAAAUUGAGAGCCAAUUAAACUAUUACGGGGUUAUUGAAAAAUAUUUCUCCCUCAUUGGCGAUCAGAAUGAAGUGUCAACGGCUAAAGCGUUAAAGGAAAAGAUUGUUAGUGAUAGUUUGAGGGACAAAAUAGACCAGUACGAGACAGAAUUCAAAGAGAAAACCAGUGCAGUGGAAAAUACCGUCUCAACUAUUCAAAGUUUAAGUAAGGCAAUAGAUUCACUUAAACGUUUAAAUGGUAGCAUAAACAACUGCAAAAAAUAUAACACAGAUAUUGAUCUUUUGAGGAGCAAAAUAAAAACUCUACGAGAAGAGGUACAAAAGGAAAUUGCCGAAACGGAGGGCGAUAAAGUGGUGGGCGAAAAUACCACUGCGUUACUUUUAAAAAGCUUAAGAGACAAAAUGGGAAAGAUAAACGAGAAAUUGAACGAUGGUAGACUAAACAGUUUAGACACUAAAAAAGAAGAUCUGCUGAAGUUUUACUCAGAAUCGAAGUCGAAAAUUCAUUUGAGCAAAGACCAAAAGGGGCCACAAGAUCCGUUGAAUAGAAUUGACGAAUGGGAAGACAUCAAAAGGGAAGUAGACGAACUAAAUGUUAAUUACCAGGUGAUUAGCGAAAAUAAAGUUACGCUAUUUAAAAAUAACUCUGUCACUUAUAUAGAGGCAAUGCAUAGCCAUAUAAAUACUGUUGCUCAUGGAAUAACGAGCAAUAAGAAUGAAAUUUUGAAGUCCGUAAAGGAAGUAGAAGAUAAACUAAACCUCGUUGAACAGAAUGAAGAUUACAAAAAGGUUAAAAAUCCAGAAAAUGAGAAGCAAUUAGAAGCCAUAAGGGGAUCCAUGAGCAAGCUCAAGGAAGUGAUCAACAAACACGUCAGCGAAAUGACCCAACUGGAGAGCACAGCAAACACUUUAAAGAGCAAUGCCAAGGGAAAGGAAAACGAACACGAUCUGGAAGAGCUAAAUAAGACAAAGGGACAAAUGAGGGAUAUUUAUGAAAAGUUGAAGAAGAUAGCGGAGGAACUAAAGGAAGGAACAGUAAACGAAUUGAAGGAUGCAAAUGAAAAAGCAAACAAAGUAGAAUUAGAGUUUGAGAGGAACAUUAUUGGGCACGUUUUAGAACGGAUUACAGUAGAAAAGGACAAAGCUGGAAAGGUUGUUGAAGAAAUGAAUUCUCUCAAAACUAAAAUUGAAAAAUUGAUACAGGAAACAAGUGAUGAUUCACAAAAUGAAUUAGUCACAACGAGUAUUACAAAACAUUUAGAGAAUGCAAAGGGGUAUGAGGAUGUAAUAAAACGAAAUGAAGAAGAUUCAAUUCAGUUGAGGGAGAAGGCGAAAAGUCUGGAGACAUUGGAUGAAAUGAAAAAACUAGUUCAGCAGGUUAACAUGAAUUUGCAAAGUGCUAUACAAGGCAAUGCUGGUAUAAGCAAAGAGCUGAAUGAGCUUAAAGGCGUUAUCGAAUUGUUGAUAUCAACGAAUUAUAGCAGCAUUUUAGAAUAUGUAAAGAAAAAUUCCAGCGAGUCUGUCCGUUUUAGUCAGCUAGCCAAUGGGGAAUUUACAAAGGCUGAAGGUGAAGAGAAAAACGCAAGUGCCAGAUUUGCGGAGGCAGAGAAGUUAAAGGAACAAAUUGUCAAAGAUUUAGACUACAGUGACAUAGAUGAUAAGGUAAAAAAAAUUGAGGGAAUCAAAAGAGAAAUUUUAAAGAUGAAAGAAAGUGCACUAACAUUUUGGGAAGAGUCAGAGAAGUUUAAACAAAUGUGCUCUUCACAUAUGGAAAAUGCUAAAGAGGGGAAGAAAAAAAUUGAGUAUUUAAAAAAUAAUGGGGAUGGAGGAAAGGCCAACAUAACGGAUAGCCAAAUGGAGGAGGUAGGUAACUAUGUUAGCAAAGCUGAGCACGCCUUUCACACAGUAGAAGCACAGGUAGACAAAACUAAAGCCUUUUACGAAUCCAUCGUAGCUUAUGUAACGAAGAUGGACAACCUGUUUAACGAAUCGUUAAUGAAAGAAGUGAAAGUGAAGUGUGAAAAAAAGAAUGAUGAAGCGGAGCAAAUAUUCGGCCAAAUUAAAACCGUAGAUGGUAGAAUUAAAGCGCGAGUGAGUGAGAAUGAAAGAAAAAUAAGCGAAUUGAAGGAAAAAGCCAAAGUUGAGAAAAAGGAAUCCUCGCAACUUAACGAUGUUUCCACGAAGUCGUUAUUACAAAUAGAUAAUUGCAGACAACAGCUUGACAGCGUUUUGUCAAACAUUGGAAGGGUGAAACAAAAUGCACUUCAAUAUUUCGAUUCGGCUGAUAAAUCGAUGAAGUCCGUUUUGCCUAUAAGCGAAUUGGGUGCCGAAAAAUCGCUAGACAAAGUAAAAGCGGCUAAGGAAAGUUAUGAGAAAAAUUUGGAAACCGUUCAAAAUGAAAUGAGUCGUAUUAAUGUGGAAGAAGGAAGUCUGACCGACAUAGACAAAAAAAUAACUGACAUAGAAAAUGACUUGCUAAAAAUGAAGAAACAAUAUGAAGAAGGGUUACUACAAAAGAUUAAAGAAAAUGCGGAUAAGAGGAAGAGUAAUUUCGAAUUAGUAAGAAGCGAAAUAAACGCCUUGCUGGAUCCAAGCACGUCUAUUUUUAUUAAAUUAAAAUUAAAGGAAUAUGACAUGACCGGCGAUUUAAAAAAUUACGCUGUUAAAAUGAAUGAAAUUCAUGGUGAAUUUACCAAAUCGUACAAUUUGAUAGAAACCCAUUUGUCCAAUGCUACAGAUUAUUCUGUGACGUUUGAGAAGGCCCAAAGUUUAAGGGAACUAGCAGAGAAGGAAGAAGAACAUCUCAGAAGAAGAGAGGAGGAAGCGAUCAAACUGCUGAAUGAUAUUAAAAAGGUGGAAUCGUUAAAACUGCUAAAAGAAAUGAUGAAAAAGGUGAGUGCCGAAUAUGAAGGUAUGAAAAGAGACCAUACGAGUGUUAGUCAGCUUGUACAGGAUAUGAAGACAAUUGUUGAUGAGCUGAAAACACUGAAUGAUAUAAGCGAAUGUUCGAGCGUGCUAAACAAUGUAGUUAGUAUAGUUAAAAAGGUUAAAGAGUCGAAACAUGCAGACUAUAAGAGAGACGCGAAUAGCAUGUAUGAAAGUAUGGUAACUCUGGCAAAUUAUUUCCUAAGCGAUGAGGCUAAAAUUUCAUCAGGAAUGGAAUUCAAUGCGGAAAUGAAAUCCAAUUUUAAGACAGACUUAGAGUUGGAGAUCUUUUCGGUAAUAUCCAAUUCGAAUGAACUUUUAAAAAAAAUAGAACAGGAUUCAAAUGAUGUAAUACAAAAGGAAAGAGAAAGUGAACAGCUAGCUAAGGAUGCCACUGAUAUUUAUAAUGUGAUAAAACUAAAAAAUGAAUUUAACGAAAAGUUGGAAGAAGCCAAGAACAAAGAAGAGGUCGUUUCGGAAAAGGUAAGGGAAGCAUUGAAGAGACUGAGUCAAGUGGAAGGAAUAAGAUGCCACUUUGAAAAUUUCCAUAGGUUACUAGACAAUACAGAGGAGCUUGAAAAUUUAAAAAAAAUGGUUACCAUCUACCGGGAUAAGAAAAGCGAAGCGCCGAAAGAAUCAGGGUUGCAAGAAAUGGAGAACGAAAUGAACACCUAUAGUAACUCCAUAACACAGUUAGAAGGAAUAGUCGUAUCAGCCGGGGAAUCCAAAGAAGACAUUGAAAAAUUGGAAAGAUCCAAUGAAGAAAUGAGAAAUAUUAGCGAAAAGAUAAGCACAAUAGAUUCGAAGGUUAUCGAAAUGAACUCAACUAUUGAUGAGUUGUACAAAUUGGGAAAAAACUGUCAGGCCCACUGGAUUUCCCUGAUCAGUUAUACUGCGAAUAUGAAAACGUCCAAAAAGUUAAUAAUGAUUAAUAAAGAAAAGGAGAACACGGAAAAGUGUGUAGACUACAUUAAAGACAAUUCGUCCUCCACAGACGGUUAUGUCGAAACGUUGAAAGGGUUUUACGGUAGUAAGCUUACAUUUAGCAGCGCAUCCGAAAUUGUGCAAAAUGCAGACACAUAUUCCGUGAAUUUUGCGAAACACGAAAAGGAGUCUUUAAAUGCGAUAAGGGAUAUAAAAAAGGAAUUAUAUUUAUUCCACCAAAAUAGCGAUAUUAGCAUUGUAGAGGGAGGCGUCCAAAAUGUGCUGGCACUUUAUGAUAAGCUGAACGAGGAAAAAAGAGAAAUGGAUGAACUGUACAGAAAUAUAAGUGAAACUAAGCUGAAGCAAAUGGAACACAGCACUGACGUGUUUAAGCCCAUGAUAGAAUUACACAAAGGAAUGAAUGAAACGAAUAAUAAGUCUUUGCUGGAGAAAGAAAAGAAACUAAAAAGCGUGAACGACAAUAUGCACAGUAUGGAAGCUGAGAUGAUUAAAAAUGGCCUUAAAUACACCCCAGAAAGUGUGCAAAAUAUUAACAACAUAUACAGCGUUAUUGAAGCUGAGGUGAAAACGCUGGAAGAAAUUGACCGUGAUUAUGGCGAUAAUUACCAAAUCGUGGAAGAGCACAAGAAGCAAUUUUCCAUUUUAAUCGACAGAACGAACGCGCUAAUGGAUGACAUUGAAAUUUUUAAAAAGGAAAACAAUUACAAUUUAAUGGAAGUAAACACAGAAACGAUACACAGAGUAAACGAUUAUAUAGAAAAGAUCACCAAUAAGUUAGUACAAGCCAAAACGGAGUAUGAACAGAUCCUGGAAAAUAUAAAACAAAACGAUGAUAUGCUACAGAAUAUUUUUCUCAAAAAAGUAAGUAUUAUCGAAUACUUUGAAAACGUAAAGAAGAAAAAAGAAUCUAUAUUGAACGAUUUAUAUGAACAGGAAAGGCUGCUCAAAAUAGGGGAACACUUAGAUGAGAUUAAGCGUAACGUGACAGAGACACUGAGUAGUUAUGAAAUUGAUCAAAAAAUGGAAAUGAUGUCUAAAAACCUUCUAGAGAAAAAAAGCAAAAUGAUGAAUUACACUUCCAUUUAUGAGUUGGAGAGAGAAGCGAACGAAAUAAACAGGGAUGCUAAACAAAUAAAAGAUGAUGAUACAAUACUUAAUAGUGUUUUAGAAGCUGCCAUUCAGAAGAGGGGAGAUAUGGACGCGAUCUUCAGUCAGAUGUCUGCAGAUAGAAAUCCAAAUGAAUAUAAAUCUGCAGAGAAGUACAUGAAUGAAGCGAAUGAAAUAAUUCGCCAAUUAGAAGUAAAGCUUCGAGAAAUAGGCCAACUAGUACAGGAUAGUGAAAGCAUAUUAUCAGAAAUGAAUUCUAAAAAGAGCGCUAUAGAAAAGGAAAAGACAGCUAGGGCUUUGAGAACUAGUGAAAAUAAUAGAAGAGAAGAGGAAGAAAGGGCACGUGUGCAAGAAAUGAGCAUGAAUAAUGAUCCCACGCAAAGUGAAACAACUCAUUCGGAGGGAUCCAUCGGUGAAGGAAAAGAAUCAGACUCGGAUGAAACAGGUUUAACACACGAUGCAGGUGCAGAUGAAGAUUCUACUAGCUCGGCAAAAGGGGCACAUGAAUUAGAAGAGGAGGAAACUACAGCACCUAUGGAAGAAACCGAGAUGAAUGACAAUACCCUUCUAGGGUAUGACACUACCAGAAGUGAUGAACCUGAUAUGCAUACAGAGAACACCCAGGAUGGUACCUAUCAGGAUACGUCAAAUUCCAGCGAUGAAGCAGAUAUUUUGAACGGCAAGUUCAAUUUUAAUAAUGUCAAAUAUGCAGGAGCAUUCGUUUUACUGUGUACGAGCGCAGUUAUAGGGGCUAUUAUAGCACAUAAGAAAGAUGACCAAGAGGAGCUUAAUAAUGGCGUGGAAGACGAUAGGGUGUUUGAAGUUAAAAAGAGCAUGAACCCAGAAAACAAAGAAGAAAUCAUUGAUGUUUCUUUUGUUGAUAUUGAGUAUUAA